AGGCCCCUCCCCAGAGACAGAUGCCCCAGAUCACUCCCCCCCCAGCUCCACCAUGCGCCCCCAGCUCCGGCCCCUGGCCCUGGCCCUCGCCCUCCUGGCAGCGGUGCCCCCGAGGGCUCAGGCAGGCUCAGAGGUGACGGCAGAAGCCGGCUCGACUGUGAAUCUCUCCUGCAACCUGACGGGGCCGAGCCUGAGCUGGCGGUGGGUCCCGCGGUACCCGCGCUGCGCUGGUGUCAGCAGUGGGAUACAGACAAUUUACACAGCGACGGCGACUGGGGCACACGACACCCCGGAGGGGAGAUUUCAGGAGCGGCUGCAUCCCCCAAUGGGUCAGGGCACCCGACUCUUCCUCCUCAAACUCCAAACCCUCCACAUGAAUGACUCGGGGGCCUUCAUCUGUGCCAGCCCCAGCCAGGCCGCCCUGCCGAUCUCCGUGACCGUCAUGCCAGGCUGCCCGGCCGGGUUGGCCAUUGCCGCGGCCCCCCAGGAGCCGGUCGUGGAGGGAGCGUCUGUGUCCCUCUCCUGUACCCCGUGUGGGGCGCAGGGACCCACCUCGUCCCCAGCAGUGGGCGCCACGUGGCUGCUCAAUGGAAAGCCGCCACCAGACUCCUCAGCCCUUCGGAUCCUGAGGUCCAACACGCUGACGAUAAAGGGUUUCUCCAGCCGGUUCGAGGGUCUGUGGAGCUGCCACCUGCCUGGGGAUCCCUCCCGGUCUGGGGGCUACUGCCUGGAGCGCGACCUGGGGGCGCACAGGACCCAGGAGAGCCCCUCACCCGGCCCCAAUAGUCCAGGCCCCAGGCCCACUCCGCUCCUGCCUCUGGUUGGGGGCUGCGUGGGGGCCGCUCUGGGCCUGGUCCUCGUGGGCGCCGUCGCUGUUAUUUGCCGUAGGAGGCGCCGGGCCAGGGAUGCCAGCGUGACCCCCAUGGUGACGGAAAUGGACAGAAAAUCGGAGCAGGCAGCGGAGCAGCCCGGCCCCACAGCGCCUGGCGGAGCCGAGCAGAAGCCGCCGUCCUCCGCCCCCCACCCCGAUGGCGAGGGCCCCGAGGGGAUCUCGUACAGCACCCUGCACUUCCAGGGGCCCUGUGAGGCAGGGGCCAGGACGGAAACUGGCCCGGCCACCAUCUACUCUGAAGUGGCCCCUGGCCACGGCUGACGCGGCUGGCGAGCGUGGGCACUUCUGGGGCACAGCCAGGCCCCAGCUCGGGUAAAGACACCCCCUUCCCUGGAGACUCCCAGCCCCAUGCGAUUAGGGUGGGGAGGAGACUAGGUUGACAAUAUUGUAGGUCCUACAUUAUGUAUUGUAAAUAAGUCCAAGAGGGGCACGGCCCCUAUGAAGUUUUCUGAGGUUUCAAUUGGCAAAAGACAGGAGCAGGGGCCCUCGCUCUGUUCCUGCCCCCUGAGACUCAUGUCAUAGGUCCUACAUUAUGUAUCAUAAACAGUGCAAGGUUAAAUAAAGUGAGUGUUA